GGCGUGCAGCCCGGAAUACAUCAUCGGAGGCACGACCGACUAUUGAUCGGCCGGCCGGCAGUGCGCCAGCGCAAGUAGAGGCCGGACGCAAAGAGGCAUUCAUGAGCGUCAGCCGCCCUCGGCCGUAGUGCGUUUGCCCGACAUUUGGCUACCCGUGUCGUUAUGCCCGUCGUCGCACCGAGGUGUCCUUAGAUGCUGCCAUUAUGUCCGGUGACAGGGAUUAUAUCGGCUUCGCGACGCUGCCGGAGCAAGUGCACCGAAAAUCGGUGAAGAGGGGCUUCGAGUUCACCCUGAUGGUACUGGGUGAGACCGGUCUCGGCAAGUCGACGCUCAUAAACAGCCUCUUCCUCGGGGAUCUGUACAAAGACCGGCGAAUUCCAGAUGCGGCGGAGCGAGUGGCUAAGACCACCUCUAUCGAGAAAAAGACAAUGGAUAUAGAGGAGCGUGGCGUACGGCUGCGCUUAACGAUCGUAGACACGCCAGGUGAGAGAUUUCGCCGAGUUAUUU